UCGGCAGAACGAAUAGAGACUUGCAGAAGCCAUACGCGGAAAGAAGAAAAAGAAGAAGAAGAAGAAGAAGAAGAAGAAGACGAAGAAGAAGCUUUAAUUAAUCUCUCAAACAAACUCCAAAUCCCUCACCACUCCAUUUCUCUGUCUGUCUCCAUUAGUUCUAGUACUGUCAGCUUCUUCAACACCUCCUCUGUUGCUUUCUUCUGUUAUAUAUAUAUAUAUACACACACAUAUAUAUAUUCUAUUCAUUUCCCUUUGCCAAUAUCUCAUUUAAAAUUCAAUCUGCUACUGACACGGCCUGGUUGGGUUCAGUCCAUUUCCCCCAUUUUUUUAAUUCUCGUCUUGUUGGGUUGUGUCUCAAGAAGAACAUGUGGGUCUUUAUCUUUUGCCUCCCAUUAAUGGACACUCCUUGAUUGCUUUGGAUCUGCAGAGCGUGAUUUUGGGUGAUAAAAAACUCUUUGUUUACAUACCUUUAUUGGGUUCAAAAUGGAGCAUGUUGUUAAUCUGCUAUCAUUCUCUUAUGGGUACCAUUUUGAAUUUUUUCUUUAGUUUUACUAAACUAAGCUAGGGUUUUGCCAUUCUACUUGCUUGUCAAACUUAGUUUUUUUCACUAAAUUAGAUGUGUUACUAGUUUGGUUGUUGAGGAGGGGGAAUAAAAUGGGAUCUGGGAAUGGAUUCUACUCAGCUGAAGAGUUCAAUUUGGAAGAAAAAUGGCUGAUUGAUCCUAAGUUGCUCUUUGUUGGACCAAAGAUUGGUGAAGGCGCUCAUGCCAAGGUUUAUGAGGGAAAAUACAAUAAUCAAACUGUUGCUGUUAAGGUUGUAUAUAGAGGAGAAACACCAGAAGAGAUUGACAAGAGGGAAAAAAGAUUUGCAAGAGAAGUUGCCAUGUUAUCUAGAGUUCAGCACAAAAAUCUAGUGAAGUUCAUUGGAGCUUGCAAGGAACCGUAUAUGGUGAUCGUAACUGAGCUCCUAUUGGGUGGGACAUUGCGAAAAUACUUGCUGAAUUUGAGGCCAAGGUGCUUGGACAUGCGUGUGGCAGUUGGGUUUGCGCUUGAUAUUGCUCGGGCUAUGGAGUGUUUACACUCCCAUGGUAUCAUCCAUCGUGACCUGAAACCCGAAAACUUGAUCUUAACUGCAGACCACAGAACAGUUAAACUAGCAGAUUUUGGUUUAGCCCGAGAAGAGACGUUGACAGAAAUGAUGACUGCUGAGACUGGGACAUACCGUUGGAUGGCCCCAGAGCUUUACAGUACGGUAACACUUAGGCGAGGAGACAAAAAACAUUACAAUAAUAAGGUGGAUGCCUACAGCUUUGCAAUCGUAUUGUGGGAGCUCAUCCACAAUAAGUUACCUUUUGAAGGCAUGUCAAAUCUACAAGCAGCAUAUGCAGCUGCUUUUAAGAAUGUGAGGCCCAGUGCUGAUAAUCUCCCAGAGGAUUUAGCUUUGAUUGUGACUUCGUGUUGGAAAGAAGAUCCAAAUGAUAGACCCAACUUCACGCAGAUUAUACAUAUGCUGCUUCACUACCUCUCUACUAUAUCACCACAACAGCCUGUCAUCCCUGCCCGGAUAUUCUCUUCCGAGAAUGCUGUGUUUCCGCCAGAGUCUCCUGGUACAAGUUCGUUAAUGGCUGCAAGAGACGGGUCAGAGGAGAUCCCGAAAACCAGCAUGGAAGGCAAACCGGGAGGCUUCUUCUCGUGCUUUAACCAAUGUUAUUAACUCCUCCAAAGGCAGAAUGCACCCUUGGAGGUACCCAAAUAUACUUUUUCUUUUUCCCUAAACAGGAAUAAAAUGGUUAGUUGCAAAUAUUACAGAAUAUAUAUUGGUAAGAAAAUGUUCAGUGUACUUAGAUUUAGAUUUAGGCAGUCAGUCCAGGUGCUAUAUAGUAAGCUUCCUAGUCUAGUGUCUUAUUUUGCUUUAGUCUGCUCUAACUAACAUGGAACCUUUAGAAUUUUUGGAGAUGGGGUUUCUGUGAUGUAUUCUCAUUGUAAAAUAAGGUCCAUCCAAAGGCUUCGCUCCCGGUUUUCAAUUCGAACGACCCACUUGAAUUUGCUUACGAUACUUAUGCAUCGGUAUUUGAUUCUUCGUGUAGGUUUAUCCAGUUCAGUUGGUAAGAAAGUGUGAUUUCUGUAUCGA